CUCGAUAUGACCGAGCACAAUGCACGGAGCAAGCCUCUCCUCUGUCUGUAGGAACCUGACAGAUAUGUGCAACCAGAGAUGAUAUGACAGGAUUUCGUGCAAAUGUUAAAACGAGGCAAUAGGCCAGGCAGGAAAUUGGAGUAAAGCUGAAAACAUACGGCUUUGCUACCCAAGCAGCUUGCCAGGGUGCGUGUAUGUGUAUGUGAGUGUGUGUAUAUAUAUGUGUGUGUGUAUAUAUGUGAGUGUGUGUAUGUGAGAGAGAGAGUGUGUGUUGGAAGUGCCUAUGGCGGAGUUUGGGGACGACGGCAGCCUGCCUCCAUUGAAUCUUGGGGAUACGACCGUGCCCAGCGACGAGGCAGCUGGCAAGACGCAUUGCGAAGUGUCGGUCUUGAAUGGAGACUGUGGGAUAUCACAAAAUAUGGUCGGUUCAGGCUCCUUCGCCGCACCUUGUAGCCAAGCCGGGGUGGAAACCGCCAACACCUCUGCCGGAUUGGAUGCCAAAUCUGAAAUACCACGCAGGAGCAGCAUUAUCAAGGAUGGCUCAAGACAGCGUAAAGAACGAAAGAAGACAGUAUCAUUCAGCAGCAUGCCAACUGAGAAGAAAAUCAGCAGUGCGAGCGACUGUAUCAGUGCAAUGGUGGACGGCUCCGAGCUGAAGAAAGUGCGAUCCAACUCACGCAUUUACCACCGCUACUUUCUCCUUGAUGCCGAUAUGCAGUCUUUGAGAUGGGAGCCCUCAAAGAAGGAAUCAGAAAAGGCCAAAAUUGAUGUAAAAUCCAUAAAGGAGGUUCGGACAGGGAAAAAUACAGACAUGUUUAGAACUAAUGGAACCUAUGAUCAGAUAUCAGAAGACUGCGCUUUCUCAAUCAUCUUUGGGGAGAACUAUGAGUCCCUAGACCUGGUGGCCAACACUGCAGAUGUAGCCAACAUAUGGAUCACAGGACUGAGGUACCUGAUCUCCUAUGGGAAACAUACUUUAAAUAUGAUCGAGAGCAGUCAGAACAACAUGCGCUCAUCUUGGCUUGGGGAACUUUUUGACGAAGCCGACAGUAGCAACAGCAAACAGAUAACAAUAUGUGCUGCUGUGCAGCUAGUCAAAAAGUUGAACCCAGGACUUAAAAAUGUGAAAAUAGAACUGAAGUUCAAAGAGAUUCACAAAGCUAAGGACAAAGUAGGUUCUGAUGUGACAAAAGAAGAGUUCAUUGAGGUCUUUCAUGAUCUUUGCACCAGACCAGAAAUAUACUUUCUCUUUGUUCAGUUCUCUAGUAACAAAGAGUUUCUGGAUACCAAGGACUUAAUGAUAUUUCUGGAGGCAGAGCAGGGUAUGGCACAAGUCAGUGAAGACACCAGCUUAGAGGUGAUCCAGAAGUAUGAACCGUCUAAAGAGGGCCAGCUCAAAGGUUGGCUAUCUCUUGAUGGGUUUACCAACUAUCUUAUGUCUCCAGAGUGCCACAUAUUUGAUCCUGAACACAAAACAGUAUGUCAAGACAUGAACCAGCCGUUGUCCCACUAUUACAUCAAUGCAUCCCACAACACAUACCUGAUAGAAGAUCAGUUCAGAGGUCCCUCUGAUGUGACAGGGUAUAUCCGUGCCCUCAAGAUGGGCUGUCGCAGUGUAGAGCUGGACGUGUGGGAUGGGCCUGAUAACGAACCCGUUAUUUACACUGGUCACACGAUGACCUCACAGAUUGUUUUUCGGAGCGUCAUUGACGUCAUCAACAAGUAUGCUUUCGUUGCAUCUGACUUUCCACUGAUACUAUGUUUAGAAAACCAUUGCUCUUUAAAGCAGCAGAGAGUCAUGUUUCAACACCUGAGGAAGAUCCUUGGCGAUAAAAUCAACAUAGAUGUUCCUAAACCUGAGGACUGCUACCUCCCCUCUCCCUCUGAACUGAAGGGAAAGAUCCUGCUGAAGGGUAAGAAACUGAGCACAAACUGCACUGCUUCAGAAGGCGAAGUAACAGAUGAGGAUGAAGGGGCAGAGAUGUCUCAAAGGAUGAGCAUUGAGUCUGCAGAACAACAGACUAUCGCACCCAAGAAAUUUCAGCUGUCAAAGGACCUCUCUGAUCUGGUCACCUUGUGCAAGUCUGUUGAGUUCAAAGACUUCCCAACAUCUUUCCAAAGCCAGAAGCACUGGGAGCUUUGCUCUUUCAAUGAAGUCUUUGCCAGUCGCUGUGCCACUGACUACCCAGGGGACUUUGUUAACUACAACAAGAAGUUCCUAGCACGAGUUUACCCUAGCCCCAUGCGCAUCGACUCCAGCAACAUGAAUCCACAAGAUUUCUGGAAGUGUGGUUGCCAGAUUGUGGCAAUGAACUACCAGACGCCUGGCCUGAUGAUGGAUUUAAACAUCGGCUGGUUCCGUCAGAAUGGGAACUGUGGUUAUGUGCUGCGUCCAGCAAUCAUGAGAGAGCACGUUUCAUACUUUAGUGCAAACACUAAAGAUUCAGUGCCUGGUGUUUCUCCACAGCUCUUACACAUCAAAAUCAUCAGUGGACAAAACUUCCCCAAACCCAAAGGCUCAGGUGCCAAGGGGGACGUAGUGGACCCUUAUGUAUACGUGGAAAUACAUGGCAUUCCUGCUGACUGUGCUGAGCAAAGGACUAAAACUGUUAACCAGAAUGGGGACAACCCUCUGUUUGAUGAGAGCUUUGAGUUUCAGAUAAAUCUGCCAGAACUUGUGAUGGUACGCUUUGUGGUGCUGGAUGACGACUACAUUGGUGAUGAAUUCAUCGGCCAAUAUACGAUUCCCUUUGAGUGUCUCCAGCCAGGUUUCCGCCACAUACCGUUACAGUCUCUGACAGGAGAAGUUCUGCCACACACCUGGGUGUUUGUUCAUGUGGCCAUAACCAAUCGGAGGGGAGGUGGCAAACCACACAAAAGGGGACUGUCUGUAAGAAAGGGAAAGAGGAGUCGAGAGUAUGCCAGCAUGAGAGUGCUAUUGGUCAAGGCUGUGGAUGAUGUCUUCAAAACAGCCCUGCUGCCACUGAGGGAAGCCACAGACUUCAGAGAAAACAUGCAGAAUGCCAUAGUGUCCUUUAAAGAGCUGUGCGGCCUGUCAGCAGUGGCUAACCUGAAGCAGUGCAUCUUGGCCCUGUCCCCUCGCCUGACCGGAUCCGACAGCAGCCCCAUUUUGCUGUUCAACCUCAUUGACCAGUACCCUACCUUGGAGCCCCAAGGCCUGCUACCAGAGGUCCUCAAGAAAGUCGUCACCACUUAUGACAUGGUGAUCCAGACCAGCAAGGCUCUGCUGGAGAACUACAAAGGGGUGUAUGACAGGAUACUACAAACCCAAAAAGCAGCGAUGGAAUUUCACGAGAACCUGUACGACUUGGCUGUGAAGGAAGGGUUGAAGGGCAGGAAGUUGCACAAGGCGGUGGAGAGCUUCACGUGGAACAUCACCAUCCUGAAGGGCCAGGCGGAUCUACUGAAGCACGCCAAGAGUGAAGUCCAGGAGAACCUGAAGCAGAUCCACUACGCCGCACUCACCUGUAACCUGAGUAAAGGCGGAGCAGUGAGCAGCUCCUCCAGCUCCUCCGACUCCAAGGGCAGACGCAGCCUGGAGGCCAUUCCCGAAAAGGCCACCGGGGAGGACGAGCUUACCGAUGAGGACAACUAAAGACCCUAUAUACACCUGGUGCUCCUCUGGGCACCUACGUUCAGACCUCUUCUCUGUUCCUGCCUCCUGAGUUCAAAAACCCAAAGCUCUCUCUUCUCUUCCAUCCUUCAUCGCUGUGUGUCUUUACUCCAGCAUCAUUGCUACACACACACACACACACACAGCAGUGUAUCUCCACAUUCCACCGAGUACAUUUCUACAUCCAGAGCACAGCUGUAACGUCUCACAGACUUCAAUGAAAUGCCACCACAGUAUCCAGGGACACAUCCAGGGACGCAUCCUGCCCCAGAUCAGAUCUCAUUACACUCUCACUGAAGGUUUGUCAAGUCUUAACAUGUUCAGGUGUUUUACUGAAAGCUUUAAAACACCUGCUGCACAUCUGCUGCUGCCUUGGCAUUUAUAGGCAGAUGUAAUAUUUACUAAAAAUCUUAACCUGCAAAAAAAACCCAGAGAGAAUAUGUAGAAGCGCUGAUAUUCUGAUAGUAGAAUGCCUUUUAGUAAUUGUCUGCCCCCCUCUGACAUGAAUCAAUCACUUUAGAUCACAGUGGAUUUGUCACCCUUCAUCAUUCUGACGAUGUUUUCUCAUUUCCUGGGGUGAGCUGGGAGAGCCGAGUGAACGACCAGCCACGUGACCGUUUUAAGACAAUUGACCUUACUGCUCAGAGACAGUUCACUUCUACUCAGCGGACCCGAGGAGACAAAAGAUUUUAAAAAACAGCCCUUGGAUUGUUGUAAGAGAUUUCUUAAAGCACAAUUUUUGGAGCUAUAAAUGUAAGAAAGGACAGAGGGAGAACAAGAAGGAAACGGAAAGUAAGAAGGAGAGGAGAAAAGGUGAUGAAUGAGAGUAGAGUUGUUUACAAUACUGAACUUGUCCAUGUUCUUGUCUGCCAAAAUAGUAUAAUAUACUAUGUGUAUAUAUGGAGUUUCCUGUUACCUUUUUUCUGCAGAGUGCAUCAUUUUAUUAUUGUAUACUUGGAAAUAAGAUUUAUUUUAUAAAAGAUAUAUGAACAUGUCUGUGGAGAAGAAAAAGAACUACAAAGUUUUAUUUGCCUGUAGAUAUCCAAUAACGAGGGUUUGUCACUGAGAAGAAGAAGAAGAAAAGUGGUGUCCGAGCUUUUCCGUCCCUCCCUGCGGACGGAGAGCUCACACGUGUCGACACAGAAGGACAAAUAGCAGAAUGUAUUCAUACCGUUUGUUGUGUAGAAAAAACAACAGCAAAAGUCUCAAAUAUCACAACCAGCAACUGCAUGAUGAGAAGGAGCUACAAACUGGAUGCUGAAUAACAACAACAAGACAAAAAAGGCAUUUUGGACGUUGACACAUUUUCAUAUCUGAGCAUUCUUAUUUGGGGAUAUGUUAAGUUUUUAUUUUUGUGGCAUGAUCCUCUCGUUUCAGCUUACUCACAUCAUGCUGAGUACCAAAAAUUUAAAGAAAGUGAAGAAAAAGUGUUGUUUGUUGUUUUUUUUCUUCAGAUUUGCUCCCAGCCAGCUCUGCCUGGUAAAGAAACUAAUUCUCUUGUUCACUUGUCCAUUUAUUGACUGAUUUGAUGCUUCUCACAGGAAACCAGCGUGAUGCGACUGCAGACUCUGAAAGGGAGGUCAUGUCCAAAAAAAACCAACAAAGACUUACAAUUCAGUUUUAAUUGUGCAGUCAAAGCUGUUACUCGUAUAAAGACGUGUUUCCUUGUCCAAUAUUUACGGGCUCUGCUGUGUUUCAUCUUGUGGUCACAGUCACACUGUUCGAUGCCAAGUGCAGGUCGUCUGUUUAAAGUAUCCUCACUCUCUCUCACUAUGCUUCGGGAUCUUGUCUAACUGUGCAGGAUUAACAUGUUUUGGACAACUCUAGCGGUUCCUGUUCUGCCCCACAAAUCAAGACUUCAAUGACUAAACUCAAACUCAGGUCUGGUGAGAUAGCUGAAAAGGAGAAUUGACUUCAGAGUGAUAAUAGCUUCAUAACCAUCCCUGCCUAUGAUGUUUAAUCCGCAUUUCCCCUGUGAUUUAAUUGUGCCUCAUUACAGCCGACUAAAACCUACUGCAGGAAGUACAGUAGGAAGUGAGAAAAUAGUUUUUUAAGACGCCUUCACCACAUGCUGCUUCAGUAGUUCACUUGCUUAACAGUCUAUAAUUGUGUCUUUUAAUCCAAAUCUUAGUUUAGAAAAUAAGUUAUAUUAAUUAAAUAAUUAUCUACUGAUUGGACAAAGAAUACCUGAAAAUGUUAAAACGUUAUAGGGUCAGUGACAGAUAAGGGUUGGUAAGAUGAGCAAUUCAAAAAUAUCUCAAAAAAUGGUCUUAAAAGCAGCAUCAGGUUUGUUAAAAUGUGCAUUUUGUAUUUUUGUUGGUUUUAUGUCAUUUGAAAUGACUUUUGCACUGUUUUUUUUUUUUUUUUAACCAAAAGUAAGACUGAAUGCUCCUGAAAAUGUCCAAUGGUGUAAAAACAAAAGAAUGAUAAAUAUUAAAUAUUUCAUCCACCUACAUUGUAUGCCAAACUAGUUGAUAUGGUGUUUUAUUGAGAAUUUAGCUCCUCUAAUCCUCUAAUAUAUUCUCUCAAAAUGGAUUAAAAGCAGAAAUUUGAUGCUGGGUCCACAAGAAAAGAAUGUGUGCAAGUUAUUCAUACGUAUGUUUAUUUUCAAAUUUGAACCCAUUUUAACUUUGACUAAACCACAUGGACACAAAAAAAUGUCACUGACCCUAUAAUCUUAACAUGAUCUGAAGUCUGAAGUGUAUAAAUAGGGCUGAAUGAUUUGAGGAAAACUGCAGUUUUUCUUUACUAUUACAAUCUUUUUAUAUGAAUAGACUGACUGAAACAUGCAGGUGCUUAUUGCUGAGGUGCUCCCAAUGUUAUUUUUUUUUAAGUCAGUCAGAGGAAAGUCAACUUAAUUUAACUCGCUCAGUUCCCAAUGGAAAAACUACAUUGGCAGAACUACUUUUUUUCUUGAUAACAGCUACAUCUUCCAGUUGUGGUAAUAAACUACUGGUGAUGAUUAGAGCUGUAACGAGUCCAUCAACAGAAAAUAAUCUGCUAUUUUGAUAGUCGAUUAAUUAAUACUGUAACAAAAAUAACCUGGUUCCCGUUUCUAUAAAUGUGGAAAUUUGCAGUUUUUUCUUCAACAUAUGUGUCACUCAACUGAAUAUUUUAAGAUUUUGUGCUGUUAGUUGGACUCAACAAAAAAAUUAAAAGUCACUAUAGUUUAAUAAAUCUAUACCAGCUGAUCAUGUAGAUGUUUUUUUGCCCAGAGUGGUACAUCUGCUUCAAGUAAAACCUCUUUGGCUGAGUAAAUAAUAGAGACCUUGCAUGUUUGGAGCAUUUUAACCAGACAACUUGCCAACUCACUAAAUUAACGUAAAUUAACUCUGGAGUAAAUCUUUACUCAAGUGAUGAAAUCAACAGUCACACAACGCCUCCACUUUUUUCCCGUUUCAGCUUGUUAAGGCACCUUUUAUACUGUAAGUACAGCUCUUUUCCCCAUCUUUAACACUGUGUUUAGCACUCUGUUCAGCCCAAUGUAGAAACUAGAACCAAAAAUACAAAAAAACAAAAUCAUUAGCCUUAAAAAAAACAUGCAUUUUCAACAUGUUUCUCCUACAGCCUUUACUUUUUCCUCUUCAGUGCUGAAAAUGUGCUCUUAAGUUUUAAAUGCUGUCCGCUCCUCCUCCAGAUCGCACGACAAGACAAAAUAACAAACAAAAAAACCUAACAAAAAAAAAAGGAUGUCGUCUCCGAAUUUCAGUGCUGUGACAGUCGACGUAUUUAUAAUUGUUGAGAGGAUUGAAAAAAAAAAAAAGAUGCGGUUUAACUGUU